AACUGAUGCUCAUGCAGUAAGUUUGGAGAAGUGCUGCUUGUACAAGUUAAAGCAGGCAGUGAAGAAAGAGCAACCAAAUAAAAAGCAGUUGCAGGAGCAAAGUGGACCUUUCUGAAUUUAAAAGACAUGUCUUCCUUCACGAGGGUUUUGACAAUGAAAUGCAAGCAGGCGCUUGAAUCUGAGAGAACUUACUUUCACCACGCGAUUUUUGUCAGCAGGUUUCACCGACUGCCCAAACUUUCCAGCAGCCAGUCUCUGGAGGUGCAGAAUAACUCACCAGCGGCGGCAGAGAACAAAGGCGAGGAGAUGGUGGCAGACCCGGGGCGCGCAGGGGAGCUGCUGAAGCCCACCCCGCACCAGCUUGGCAGGGUGAAGAGCCUGCAAGAAAUGCCUGGACCCAACACCCUCUACAACCUCUACGAGUUCUUCUGGAAGGACGGCUUCGGCCGCAUUCAUGAAAUCCAGCAAAAACACACUCAGGAAUAUGGAAAGAUCUUCAAGUCUCACUUUGGUCCCCAGUUUGUUGUAUCCAUUGCAGAUCGAGAUAUGGUUGCUCAAGUCCUCCGAGCAGAAGGUAGAGCACCACAAAGAGCUAACAUGGAAUCCUGGCAGGAAUACAGAGACCUACGAGGGAGAGCCACAGGACUUAUUUCUGCGGAGGGGGAACAGUGGCUAAAAAUGAGAAGUGUACUGAGGCAAAAAAUUCUGAAACCCAAAGAUGUGGCUGUUUACUCUGAAGGAGUCAAUGAAGUUAUCACAGACUUAAUUAAAAGAAUCCACACCCUCAGAAGUCAAGAGGACGAUGGGGAAACAGUGACCAAUGUUAACAACCUUUUCUUCAAGUAUUCAAUGGAAGGUGUGGCAACUAUUCUGUAUGAAUGCCGGUUGGGCUGCCUGGAAAACAACGUCCCACAGCAGACUGUUGAAUAUAUUGAGGCUCUGGAGUUGAUGUUUAGUAUGUUUAAGACCACUAUGUAUGCAGGUGCUAUUCCCAAAUGGCUUCGUCCACUUAUUCCAAAACCCUGGAGAGAGUUCUGCAGAUCCUGGGAUGGACUCUUCAAAUUUAGUCAAAUCCAUGUUGACAACAAAUUGAAGGCUAUCCAGUCUCAGCUGGACCAAGGAGAAGAAGUGAAUGGUGGGCUACUUACAUACCUUCUAGUGAGUAAGGAACUUACUUUGGAAGAGAUCUAUGCCAAUAUGACUGAAAUGCUUCUGGCAGGAGUGGACACAACUUCUUUUACUUUGUCCUGGGCAACAUACUUGUUGGCAAAGCACCCUGAGAUUCAACAACGUGUUCAUGAGGAAAUAGUCAAUAAGCUGGGGAAAGACCAAGUUCCUCUUGCUCAUGAUGUCCCAAAAUUGCCUUUGAUUAGAGCUGUGCUGAAAGAAACCUUGAGGUUAUAUCCAGUAUUGCCAGGAAAUGGAAGAGUGACCCAAAAAGACUUGAUCGUUGGAGGAUACUUGAUACCUAAAGGGACGCAGCUGGCACUCUGUCAUUAUACUACUUCAUACAGCGAAGAAAAUUUCUCAAUGGCAAAUGAGUUCCGACCUGAGCGCUGGCUGAGGAAAGAUAAUUUGGACAGAGUAGACAAUUUUGGUUCCAUCCCCUUUGGUUAUGGCAUUCGAAGCUGUAUAGGAAAAAGAAUUGCAGAGCUGGAAAUUCAUCUUGCACUGAUUCAGUUGCUUCAGAAUUUUGAGAUCAAAAUUUCUCCCAAAACCAAACCAGUUCAUGCCAAAACCCAUGGACUUUUGACUCCUGGAAACUCCAUCAAUGUGAGAUUUUCUGACAGAAAGUGAGACUCAAAUGUUUUGGAAAUACUUGUGUGAUUUUCAUGGGAACAGACUUGCAUCUUAUGGAUGUUUAAUCACGUUUGUUCUCUGGUUUGUAGGUAUUUGGCAAAAUGAUCAAGUAUUAUGUUCUGCCUUAGUUCUACCAGUACAUAAGAGAAAUUACCUCUCCUAUAGUAGAUAAUUACGCGUAUGAAAAUAUAUACUGAAAAAAUUCCUUCUUGCCCUUGGAAUCUCUUUUUACCUGGAAAGAUUUCUAGUAAUAACAACAAAUGCACUGAAAAAAACCAAAAUUAAAUUCAGACAUGUUGGUAUCAUUCAGUGGUUUUGUUACACUGCUUUGUCAUAAAAGUCAACUACUCGGUGAGUCUGAGAGCAAGAGGGUUACUAUAUAAUAUGUGAAAAUUAGCUGCAUUUAUGAGUUCAUGUUUUCCUGUGUCACAUCCUCCAGUGUUUUUUAAAAGUUUCCACAUAACAUUGAAA